ACCCAGAGGGCGUACGGUGUCGGCUACAAUGAAAUGCCCUGCCUGCGGAAAAUCCUACGCUACGAAGCUGAAUGGUUGUCGCCAUUCCGUGUUCCUGCGUUCGUUUUUCUCUGUAUUUGCACAGGCUUCUGUAUGUUAUGCCUAGCGGCGAUGCGUGAGCUCUUCUUCGUGGUGAGGCCGGAUAUUCAGGGAUGAUCCCAUUACAGUGGUCGCGGCACAUGCUCAGUUAUGCCUGUAGAAAGGGGAUCUUAGUAGGCUGUGCGUGAGGACUGAGGUCAUUGCAUGAGCUCGGGAAAAUAGUCAGCGUAUCCUCCAUUUUGAGUGGUAUGAAAUAGAGGAAUAGCAUAGUUUAAGCUCUCGCUGCACUAAACAAACUGACAACACUAACGACAGUCUUCGACAUGGACGACUUGUUCAGUCCUCGAAGGCAGUUGAACAGCACACAGGGCGAGAUCAGAGUGGGACCAAGCCACCAGGCUAAGCUUCCAGAACUCCAGCCACUUCCCACUCCUGUUGCUGAGGCUGUGACUGAGAAUGAAGAGCUGGUAUGGAUGCCUGGGGUCAACGACUGUGACCUACUCAUGUACCUGAGAGCGGCCAGGAGCAUGGCAGCAUUUGCAGGCAUGUGUGAUGGCGGCUCCACUGAAGACGGCUGCUUGGCAGCCUCCCGUGAUGAUACGACACUAAACGCUUUGAAUACGCUUCAUGAGAGCCACUACGAUGCUGCAAAGGCCCUUCAGUGUUUGGUGAAGAAGCCAGUGCCCAAGCUGAUUGAGAAGUGCUGGUCUGAGGACGAAGUGAAACGCUUCAUUAAGGGCCUGCGGCAGUACGGCAAAAACUUCUUCAGGAUUCGGAAGGAGCUGCUGCCUACCAAAAAAACGGGUGAACUGAUCACGUUCUACUACUACUGGAAGAAGACUCCAGAGGCAGCAGGGCUGCGACCUUAUCGGCAGCAUCGGAGGCAACCAGCAUCACGCAGAGUCAAGACCCGCAACUCUACCGCAAACACCCCGUCUCGUACUCCAUCCAUGGAGCUGAGCUCGGCCAGUGAGGAUGACCUGGACAGCGAGGACAGCGAGAACAGUCUGAAGGGAAGCUUCUGCCAACACUGCAACUCCACAACAUCCAAGGACUGGCACCAUGGAGGCAGGGAUAACAUGCUGCUGUGCACCCCCUGCUACACCCACUUCAACAAACACCGGCGGCUGCCCCCUGUCCCAAAACCGGCGGACCCCCCCUUCAUGUUCAAGCCUGUGAAGGAGGAAGAGGAUGGUACCGGGGGACGGCACGGGAUGAAGACGCGGCGAAGCAGGGCACCUGUAAGAAUGUCUUCUCUAAGAAGUGGUCGGAAGAGACUGACCGGGAGCCCUGAUGGAAAGACGUCUCCUAACGAGGAGCUGCACAAGAGAAUGAGCCCUGACGGGCGAGUGUCGCCCAGCGAGUAUCCUCCGUCUCGAGGACAGACCCCCUGCAGAGAGAACUCCUCCACCAUGGCAACCCGAGCCUCUCAUGCGGAGAGUAAGAACAACACACCGAAAACCAAUAAGAAAGGUAAAGUGGAGACGCCGCUGACGAAAGGGGUGAAACGUCCACGAGAGGAUACUACGCAGGACAGAGAUGAGAACGAGACUAAAGCCAGUAAAAGAUCCAAGACUCAGGAAGGGCCGGACUCUCUGUCUGAAGGAGAGGGUGAGGGUGAGGCCGAGAGCUCGGACAGCCGCAGUGCCCAGGACGAGGGCAGCAGCGAUGCCAAAGACAUUGACCAGGACAACCUCAGCUCCUCGCCCAGCCUGCCUAGCCCCCUGCAGGGCAACGAGAGUGACUCUGAUUCCCAGACUCUCCCACCGCCACAGCCGGUGGUGCUGCCCCCCACUACGCCGUACCCCCCACCAGGGCCUCUGCCUCUGCCCCCCGCCGCUGCCCAGCCCUCUGUCCAGGCCCCCGCCCCAUGCCAGCGCGGCCCCUCUCCUGGAGUCGUGGUCCCACCAGUGCAGCGGCUCUCUCCCCCGGCUUGCCCUCCUCGUCCCCCGGUCUCCUGUGCCCCUAGCCACCCGCCGCCCGCCCCUGAGCAGCCGCGGAUCACUCACACCAUCUCCGGCCCCUUCCAGCUGCUGCAGGGGCCUCCGUUCCCAUCACACGUGUCCCACGAGACCACCCAGCGUGGCCUGCAGUCCCCUCCUCCUCCUCCUCCUCCUCCUCCUCCUCCUCCUCAGAGCCAGGUCUUCCCCACCCGCUUCCCUCCCCCCGUGCGCCAGCCGCUCUCCCCCUCCGCGGUCCAGAUCAGGCCGCCGCCCACCACGCCAAUCCCGCACUCCCACAAGCCCCCGCCGCACAUGCCCGCGGCCACCCCGCCCUUCCUGCAGAUCCCCCCCAAUCUGCCCCCGCCGCCGGCCCUCAAGCCGCUGGCCUCCCUGCCCGCGCAGCACCCGCCCUGCGCCCAGCCGCCUCCGCUGCAGAUCAUGCCCCAGGCCCACCCCGCGCACCUGCCCCUGGCCCAGUGCCACCUGGUCAAGGCGGGCCACGGCCCACCCGCACCCCUCCCCCACCACCCCCCGUUCCUGCCGCACCGGCCGCACCACCCGGACCUCUCGUCCGGCUCGCCCGCGUUCUCGCUGUCCUCCGCCUCCCAGUGUCCCUCCGUUCCCGUUCCGGCGCUGCAGUCUGCCGGCCACGCCGUUUACACCGCCCACGCUGCUCACGCCGCCCAUGCUGCCCACGCUGCCCAUGCUGCUCACGCUUCCUCCUCCUCCUCCUCCUCCUCCUCCUCCUCCUCUGUGGCCACCAUGCCGUCUCUACACAUCAAAGAGGAGCCCAUGGACGACUCCUGUGAGGACUGUGACAGCCCUCCGCCUGUACGGAGAAGCCCAUCGCCGGAGCCCAUUGUGGUCAACACGCCCACUCAUGCCAGCCAGUCAGCAAGGUUUAUUAAGGUCCUUGAUCGAGGCUACAACUCUUGCUCCCGCACUGACCUGUUCUUCACUCCACUGGCCUCGUCCAAGCUGGCCAAAAAGCGAGAGGAAAACUUAGAAAGGUCCAGGAAGGAGAGUGAACAGAACGCCCGGCAGAGAGAAAAGGAACGUGAGAGGGAGAGAGAGCGGGAGAGAGAGAGGAGCACGGAGAAGCUUUCCAGAGCGUCCAGCUCUUCUUUGGACAGCCGUGUGAUGGAGUCCCAGGUGCCAGCCCACGUCCACAUGCGCCCGCCUUUCGAGGCGCCGCCGCCCACCACAGUGGCCGCCGUGCCCCCCUACAUCGGACCGGACACCCCGGCGCUGCGCACGCUCAGCGAGUACGCCCGGCCGCACGUGAUGUCACCCACCAACCGCAGCCACCCGUUCUUCAUGCAGCUGGGCCCCGGGGACCCCCUGCUGGCCUACCAGAUGCCCGGCCUGUACCCGGGCGACCCAGCGCUGCGGGAGCGCGAGCUGCGCGACAUGCGGGAGAGGGAGAUCCGCGAGCGCAUGAAGCCGGGCUUCGAGGUCAAGCCGCCGGAGAUGGAGCCGCCGCCCGGUCUGCACGCGGCCGCCGCGUCCGCCAGCGCCAUGGAGCACUUCGCCCGUCACGGCACGCUUUCGCUCCCCCACAUGGCCGCCGCGGCGGCCGCCGCUGCCGCCGCCGGACAGCCGCACCCGUUCGCCACGUUCCACCCGGCGGUGGGGGCGGCGCUGGAGCGCGAGCGGCUCUCCCAGCGGCCCGAGAUGAGCUACGCAGAGCGGCUGACCGCGGAGAGGCUCCACGCGGAGCGCAUGGCCUCGGUGGCCGCCAACGAUCCCGUGGCGCGGCUGCAGAUGCUCAACGUCACACCGCAUCACCACCAGCACUCGCACAUCCACUCACACCUCCACCUGCACCAGCAGGACUCGCUCGCACAAGGUGUGUGUGCGUGUUUGCUAGGUUCAGGGCCGCAUCCUCUCGUUGACCCUCUGGCGGCUGGCCCGGGUCUUGCACGUUUCCCGUACCCCCCAGGGUCUGUCCCCAACGCUCUCCUCAGCGAGCUGCCCCAUGAGCACGAGAUGCUGCGUCACCCGCUGUUCGGUGUGGCGUACCCCCGGGAGCUGCAGGGCCCUCUGCCCCCCAGCAUGUCGGCCGCGCACCAGCUCCAGGCCAUGCAGGCACAGUCGGCCGAGCUGCAGAGGCUGGCGCUGGAGCAGCAGUGGCUGCACGGGCACCACCACCUGCACGGAGGGCCCCUCCCUGGCCAGGAGGACUAUUACAGUCGUCUGAAGAAAGAGGGGGAUAAGCAGUCAUAACACACGUGCCUGUGGACAUGCACAUGUUAUGCCCAGGUCAGUGAGUGAUAUGGCUCGGCAUGGUAUGUUAUCCAACACUGUUCCUCCCGGUCACUCCCCAAGGAAUGCAACACUUAGGAGAUCCUGUCUGUAAUGUCUGUGAUGUAGAAAGGGUGCUAAAGACUGUAAGGUUUUUACUUUAUGUUUUUUUUUACAUGUUUGAUCUAUAUUUUACUGUACAGUGUUAACUCCAAAACUCUAGUCCUGCUUUAUUUUCCUUGCAUGAAUAUUACUCUCAGAUUUCAUAGGUGAGGAAUUAACUUUGUUAUCAUGUAAGAAGCACAGUAGAGAGAAAUGUAUCUAGAGUCAAAGGUGCUGUCCAAACUCCCUAAGUAUAACACUAUAGACAGGUCUCUGCGUUUAUAGAGACCUCCUGUAUGUUGUGAAGACCAGAUUUUGAGAUUGUAAAUAAUAUAUGUAUAAAAUAAUAUAUUAACUGAGGAAAUAUUAAAUAUGACUAAAUAUUACAAUAAUGGAUUUUUGAUAUAAAAAUAGUUCACCUGUGCGUAACAUGGCAUGUCACCAAUACUGUAUUGUCUUCCCUUGCUCUUCCUGCUUUCUUAACUAUAUUUCUGAAAGCUAAAUUUACCAUAGUAUUAAUACAUGUCCUUUCUUGUUCUUUCAAAAUAAUGUGCUUUGAAAGUAGACACGGUUUGGAAGAGGGUUGUUAAAAUACAUUACAAAUAAGAUUUAUUUGUCAUACCUAAUUUCUUGAUGCGUCAUAACGUGAUCAAUAAAAAUCAAACUUAAAACAAGAAGUGA